GAAGAGAAGGAUGAGGAGAGGGAUGCUGACAGAUUACUGCUAUCGAGUUGCAAUGGCGACAGCUUGUCGGACUUCAGCGAGCCCCGUAGGUGGGAAUAUGUAGUCGGAUAUAUGUCCGAAGCGCAUCGAUUAACUUCGCCUUCUGCAAGUGCUGGAUUCAUUGAGCGUUUUAAAUGGCAUCCAAGAGGCGCUGCCGCCUUGCGCCGUGCUUUUUGGGUAUCCUGCUAAAUGCUUGCAUGGGUGUGUCGUGUGAUGCUGAGCUUUCCUUCACCCUGGAGCCAAGUGACAUCAUCGCAGUGCAGGAGCAACCCCUUAUGCUCCAUUGCCAGGUGGAUGGUAUCCCCCCGAUCACAACACAAUGGAGGCACAACAGCAUGCUUUUAACUCAGGACAAGUAUCACACCACCUUCAUCAAUGGCUCUCUCCUCAUUGGCCACUUCCUCAAGACCAAAUCUGACAACUCGUCGGAUGAAGGGGACUAUGAGUGUAUGGCCCAGAAUUCUUUUGGGCUGGUGGUCAGCCGAAAGGCACGCAUCCAAGCAGCCACCAUGGCCGACUUCCAUGUCCAACCAGAGCCAGUGCAUGCUGAAGAGUCUGGGGUGGCCAGAUUCCAAUGCCAAAUCCAUGGCUUGCCAGAGCCUGUUAUCAGCUGGGAAAAAGAUGGGCGUCCUGUCGACACCAAGGACAAGAGGUACACUCUCUUGCCUACAGGUGUUCUGCAGAUUACAGGAGUGCGUGAGGAGGACAGUGGAAAGUUCUGCUGUGUGGCUCAUAACAGUGCAGGAGUGAAACACAGUGCUGAGGCCCUCCUUUCUGUUUCAGGCUCACAGUCAUCUGUUUACAAAGAACCAAUGAUCCUAGUUGGUCCGGAAAAUCUCACCCUCACUGUUCACCAAACUGCCAUUUUGGAGUGUGUUGCUACAGGAUACCCCCGCCCCAUUGUGUCUUGGAGCAGACUAGAUGGACGUCCCAUUGGUGUGGAGGGUAUCCAAGUACUUGGCACUGGAAACUUGAUGAUUUCCAAUGUUGGCGUGCAGCACUCAGGAAUUUAUGUGUGUGCUGCUAACAAACCAGGGACCCGUGUUCGUAGGACUGCUCAGGGACGUCUAGUCGUUCAAGCUCCUGCAGAGUUUAUUCAACCUCCGCAGUCUAUUGCUCGACCUGUGGGGACCACGGCUAUGUUCACCUGCCAAGCCCAGGGUGAGCCUGAGCCCCAGCUCACUUGGCUGAAGAACGGCCAGAUCCUGGAGCCUGGUGGCCACGUCAAACUCAGAAGCAACAACAGCACACUGACGAUAUACAGCAUCAGCCAGGACGACGAGGCCAUCUACCAGUGCAUUGCUGAGAACAGCGCCGGCUCCACGCAGGCCAGUGCGCGCCUCACAGUGCUCUGGGCCGACGGACUCCCUGGUGUGCCCACCAACGUGCAAGCUAAGGCCCUCUCACCCACCACCAUCCAGGUGUCCUGGAGGGAGCCCGAUCAGAACACACAAGACAUCAUCGGUUAUGUGCUCCACAUACGCAAGACCCCAGACCCAGUGGAAAUGGAGUAUGAGGAGGCAGUCAGUAAGGUGAUGCUGCAGCAGAUCAUCCGAGAUCUCGAGCCUUCCACGAGUUACACCUUCUACGUCAAAGCCUACACGUCCCGUGGGGCCAGCAAACCAUCAGACAGUGCCACAGAGAGCACUCAUGGGGAAGUUCCAGCACCUCCCUCCCUCUUCGCCAAAGUUGUGAACAGCAGCGUGGUGCAAGCAAUGUGGGAAGCUUCCACCAAGAUGGGUCAACACCAAGGCUUCCGACUAUAUUACAGAAGAGCCCACACAGCAGUGUUCACUGGUCCCAUUUUCUUACCACGCAACGCUACUCAGUACAACAUUACUCAGCUGGACCCUUCACUGGUUUAUGAGAUCAAUCUGCUGGCAUACAACCAACACGGUGAUGGCAAUGCCACAAUGCGUUUUGUCUCACUUCGAGAGGCAUUGGAGAAAUCUGUUCUGGAUGCCUCCUGUGACUGUGUGCAAGAUGAACAGAGCAAAACCUCCACCACAGGCAUCAUAAUUGGCAUUCACAUUGGAGUCACCUGUAUCAUCUUCUGCAUUCUCUUCCUCGUCUUCAGCUACCGUGGCAGAUUGAUGAUGUGUAAGGAAGUUCAGGCCACCCCCCAGGCAGCACACAGCACAGCACUGGAGUCCUCUUCUUCCCAGGAGGGCUAUGGGCUGAACACAGCCACCAGAAGAGAGAUGAUGGUCAAUUGCAGCGCAGGAGGAAACAAAGUGGUUGACAGCAAAGAGCUGGAGAGAUUCUUCCCUCAGUCCAACACACAAGACCCACGCAUGGCUGACAGAACCCUCUUGACCUACUCCCCAAAUGACACGCAGCUGUCCACAAUACCACUGGACGAGUUCACUGUCGAGCGGAACACAGAAACACAUUUCCAAGAGUCUUCUGCAACACGAACAGCUCAACGGAACCAAUGCUAAUCAAUGUAUGAAAUGUCUACUCAGAUUCUCUCUGACUCAGGUUUUCCUUUUAGUAGGUGGCAUUUUGUGUCGAGAUUUUUAUUGGUAAGUUAAGAAGUUCUAGAGAGCCUAGAACUGGUUUUGGGCAAGUUGUUUUUCGACAGGCUUACCAGUUAAGUGUUCUUUACGCUCACUGUCUGGUCAUUAGUUUAUUUUCUGGUGUUCCGCAGCACACAGAAGAGAAGCCCCAAAUGUCCUUGUUAUACAAAGAUGAUUUCAUUUUUUAAGUUUUUAAAUAUAUAUUUACAUACAUAUACUGUAUCUUUAGCAUCUCUAUGUCAAAGUGGAUAUACUGGUCUUAUCGCUACUUCUCUGUGGAUGUCAAAGAUGCCUUCUGCCUGCUCAAACAUACCAACGAUUCCAUCUUGUUGCUCACAGAAGACCUCACCCUUCUUCCAGGGACUCAGUCAGUACUGUCUCAGGACUUUUUUUUCCCCCCGCCCAUUGUGAAUUCUGGGCCAUCCUACAAGCUCUGGGCAUGUGUGAACCUUUUAUUCAACAAAAACCUACCUCAGCCGGAAUGAAUGUGUUGUGGGAAGCCUUUAGGGACUUUAUCUUCCCCUGUGUUCACACUAACUGUACAUACAGAUGAACUGAUGGGUCAGAAUUACAAGAUCAGGUGCCGCACUACCUCAGAUGUCAAGAAUCGUCCCUCCUCUUUGUGCUUGUUAAAGCAAAUGAAAAACGAGUAUCCAACAUAAAGCACUUCCAAAUGCUGAAGUUAAUGUUCUACCUCAAAAUAACAUUGUCAAUGUUGUCACUGUUGUAGUUGAUCUUUGUCUGUUUAUUGCAAAAUGAAAAUUGCUUACCUCCUCUGUUUGAAGAAUUUGGUGUCUAUAGAAAGAAGGUCAUUCAGUACCACAUGCAAUAUAUUGUAAUGUGCUAUGGAUUACAUUGUUUUAGCCAUGCUGUUCCAUUUUUAAAGUUUUCAUUUUACUAUUAUUUUUAUUUUACAUUUUUUUUGUAAAUCGUUACAUCAGUAGAACAAAACACUCAGCAAUGAACCUAACAUUUUCCAGACAAUUUACUGCUAAAUGUGAUAUUUAAUGCUCAAUUAGACAACCGCAAAAUGACGCAAAUUAGUGGUAUGACUGUGUGCGUGUGCGUGUAGAUGUUGCUUAUGUGCAAGUCUGAAUUUGUGUUAAUUAAAACACGAGCACAAAUCUGAUUAAACUGCCAAGACAUUUUACACUUUUGCUAGCAUAGUUCAAUAUUUGUGUCAGUCAUUUACUGAGUCACUUGCUGAGAGUAAGAUGAGAAGGUCAAUGCCAUUUUUUAAAUUAGAUUGUGAAGAGGAGUAGGUGCUAGUUUCAAUGCAGCAAGACAUACUGUACUAGGACUUGCAUUGCUCUUAAUAGUUAAAAUUUCUGUCACCUCUUUUGGUUCCCCAAAUAAAUCCUGGGAAGGGAAUAGCAAAAUAAAUUGUGUUCUUUUUACGAUACUAGGUUGUCUGUUAAACCUAGUACAUGACGACAUCCAUCCAUCUAUUUCCAAUGCCACUCCUCUUCACCAGGGUCGAGGGUGAACUGGAGCUUAUCCCAGCUGACCUCGGUCAAGGGGCAGGCUACGCCCAGGAUCCGUAGGCAGUCAACCGCAGGAUCGCAUGUUGCACAUAGACAAACAACCUUUCUCACUCACAUUCACAACUAUAGGCAGUGAUCCUAACUUGUGGUACAUGACAAACUAGUCCAGAUAUGCAAAUUUUAAGUUGAAGUGAAAUGUCUUUCUAUAGCCUCAAAGAGGAUACUUCCACUAGCAAUACAUUUUUUCAUCCAUUUGACUCAGCAUUUAUCAGAAGCACUAUAUCCUUCCGAUUAUUCUUUUUGAAGACUGAAGUAAUUCGCUCAUUAGAGAAAUGUGUAAAAUGUUGGGCUAUGGUUUUAUCGAUGGCCUUUUACAUCCAAAACAAACUAAAAAGUCGCCAACCUCUAACGUUCACAAGAAAGCGGAAACAUUUCCCCCAAAUUCUGAAUUAUUCAGUAUCAUUGAAUCUUUGGUCUCAGUAAGCUACUCCAACUCCUUGGAAAAAAUCACAUUGAAAUGAAGGCGCUGACGACACGUGAGAGUUGUUGAUCAUGUUAGCCUACCUUUAAAUUCUUCUCGAAACUAUCAUCGGUGCCCUUCUGUCUUCUCUAAACACUCAUAUCAGGGCCUCAUGGUCUUCAUGAGACAACAUUAAUCUCUCCACAGUUCUAGGUUGUGUGGCGUCACAGGGUCUCGCUCUGGUAUGCAUUAUGGUUACCUACCUCAGUAGUUUCUGUCCUUUUGUUCAGGUCUUAAGGAGUCAUGCAGAGUAAAAACAUAAGUACACAAAUAUACGGUGGAUACAUAUGUAAAUAUAUUCAAAUAGUCAGCAUUCACUGGAUGGUGAACUAGUCAGGAUUGCACACAAACAGUAUACAAACACACAGAAAACAUUGAAUGCCUCUUUUGUGCACUAAUUAUUGAAAAAAAGUUCUUGUUCUUGCUUAGCUCCUAGUUGAUGUGAAUGUGUAACUUUAUCAAAUGAUUUUUUUUCAUAUCAAAAUUGUUAAAAUUAUUUUUGUCACUGGUGUUUUAAUUCACUGUUUACCUUUGAAUAAAGCAAACUGUGAAGUGGGUGGCACUUACAACUCAC